AGAUCCACAGCUAAGAUGCCAGGACCCCCUGGAAGCCUAGAAAUGGAGACAUUGACAUUUAGGGAUGUGGCCAUAGAAUUCUCUCUGGAGGAGUGGGAAUGCCUAAGCCCUACUCAGCAGAAUUUAUAUAGGAAUGUGAUGUUAGAGAACUACAAAAACCUGGUCUUCUUGGGUAUUGACGUCUCUAAGCAAGACCCAAUCACCAGUCUGGAGCAGGAAAAAGAGCCCUGGAAUAUGAAGAGACAUGAGAUGGUGGAUGAAUCCCCAGCUAUGUGUUCUUAUUUUACCAAAGACCUUUGGCCAGAGCAAGACAUAAAAGAUUCUUUUCAACAAGUGAUACUGAAAAGGUACAGAAAAUGUGAACAUGAGAAUUUACAGUUAAGAAAAGGCUCCGCAAGUGUGGAUGAGUGUAAGGUGCACAAAGAAGGUUAUAAUGAACUAAACCAGUGUUUGACAAUUACUCAGAGCAAAAUAUUUCAAUGUGAUAAAUAUGUGAAAGUCUUUCAUGAAAAUUUAAAUUCAAAUAGACAUAAGACAAGACAUACUGGAAAGAAACCUUUCAAAUGUAAAAAAUGUGACAAAUCAUUUUGCAUGCUUUUACACCUAAGUCAACAUAAAAGAAUUCAUAUUAGAGAGAAUUCUUACCAAUGCGAAGAAUGUGACAAAGUCUUUACGCGGUUCUCAACCCUUACUAGACACAAGAGAAUUCAUACUGGAGAGAAACCCUACAAAUGUGAAGAAUGUGGCAAAGCUUUUAAGCACUCUUCAACCCUUACUACACAUAAGAUGAUUCAUACUGGAGAGAAACCCUACAGAUGUGAAGAAUGUGGCAAAGCCUUCUGCCAUUCCUCACACCUUACUACACAUAAGAUAAUUCAUACUGGAGAGAAACCCUACAAAUGUGAAGAAUGUGGUAAAGCUUUUAACCAAUCCUCAAACCUUAGUAAACAUAAGAUAAUUCAUACUGGAGAGAAACUCCACAAAUGUGAAGAAUGUGGCAAAGCUUUUAACCGAUCCUCAAACCUUACUACACAUAAGAGAAUUCACACUGGAGAGAAACCCUACAAAUGUGAAGAAUGUGGCAAAGCUUUUAGCCGAUCCUCAAACCUUACUAAACAUAACAUAAUUCAUAUUGGAAAUAAAUCUUACAAACGUGGAGAAUGUGGUAAAACCUUUAACCAGUCCUCAACUCUUACUAAACAUAAGAAAAUUCAGCAGGACAAAAUAAUUCAUACUGGAGAGAAACUCUACAAAUGUGAAGAAUGUGACAAAGCCUUUAAAUGGUUGUCACAUUUGAUUGUAGGUAAGAUAAUUCAUAUUAGAGAAAACACCUACAUGUGUGAACAAUGUGGGAAAGUCUUUCAUAAAUUUUUAAAUGCAAAUAGACAUAAGACAAGACAUACUGGAAAGAAACCUUUCAAAUGUAAAAAAUGUGGCAAAUCAUUUUGCAUGCUUUUACACCUAAGUCAACAUAAAAGAAUUCAUAUUAGAGAGAAUUCUUACCAAUGUGAGGAAUGUGGCAAAGCCUUUAAAUGGUUCUCAACCCUUACUAGACACAAGAGAAUUCAUACUGGAGAGAAACCCUUCAAAUGUGAAGAAUGUGGCAAAGCUUUUAAGCAGUCCUCAACCCUUACUACACAUAAGAUAAUUCAUACUGGAGAGAAACCAUACAAAUGUGAAGAAUGUGGCAAAGCCUUCAACCGGUCCUCACACCUUACUACACAUAAGAUAAUUCAUACUGGAGAGAAACCCUAUAAAUGUGAAGAAUGUGGCAAAGCUUUUAACCAGUCUUCAACCCUUACUACACAUAAGUUCAUUCAUGCUGGAGAGAAACCUUACAAAUGUGAAGAAUGUGACAAAGCUUUUAACCGAUUCUCAUAUCUUACUAAACAUAAGAUAAUUCAUACUGGAGAAAAAUCUUACAAAUGUGAAGAAUGUGGCAAAGGCUUUAAUUGGUCCUCAACCCUUACUAAACACAAAAGAAUUCAUACUGGAGAGAAACCUUACAAAUGUGAAUUGUGUGGCAAAGCCUUUAAUGAGUCCUCAAACCUUACUACACAUAAGAUGAUUCAUACUGGAGAGAAACCCUACAAAUGUGAAGAAUGUGGAAAAGCCUUUAACCGGUCCCCACAACUUACUGCACAUAAGAUAAUUCAUACUGGAGAGAAACCUUACAAAUGUGAAGAAUGUGGCAAAGCUUUUAGCCAGUCGUCAAUCCUUACUACACAUAAGAGAAUUCACACUGGAGAGAAACCCUACAAAUGUGAAGAAUGUGGCAAAGCUUUUAACCGAUCCUCAAAUCUUACUAAACAUAAGAUAAUUCAUACAGGAGAGAAAUCUUACAAAUGUGAAGAAUGUGGUAAAGCCUUUAACCAAUCCUCAACUCUUACUAAACAUAGGAAAAUUCAUACUAGAAAGAAACCCUACAACUGUGAAGAAUGUGGCAAUGCAUUUAACCAGUCCUCAAACCUUAUUAACAAAAUAAUUCAUACUGGAGAGAAACUCUACAAAUGUGAAGAAUGUGGGAAAGCCUUUAAGCAGUCCUCAACUCUUACUAAGCAUAAAAAAUUUAUACUGUACAGAAACCCUACAAGUGUGAAAAACAUGGCAAAGCCUUUAAGAAGCCCUCAAUUCUUAACAGACGUAAGAUAAUUAUACUGGAGAGAAACUCUACCAAUCAGAACAAUGUGACUACUUUUGACAAUGCCUCAAACUUUUCUAACCAUGAAAAAAAUUAUACUGGUGAGAAAUCCUAGAAAUCUGAGGAGUGAGACAAAGCCUUUCAAUGGUUGUCACACUUGAACAAUGUGGCAAAACUUUUAACCAAUGCUCACACUUUAUUGCCAGGAAAGCAUUUAUACUUGAGAUAAAUUAUACAAAUAUAAAGACUAUGAAAAAACCAUUAAUAUCUGCUCACAUUUUACUCAACACCAGAGAGUUCAUGCUUAAUAAAAGUAUUAUAAGUGCAAUUACUGUCAAAAGAUCUUUCAGAAAAUAUAAGCUUUUAUAGUGAAGAGUAUUUAUUUUGAAGUUGAACAUUACAAAUAUAAAGAGGAAUGUAGUGCCUUUACUUGUAUCACAGAUCUUAUUGUAGACAUUUUCUUCUAGAGGAAAACUCUGAAGCAGUUGGUCAAACUUUGUUCAACAUCAGGGAAUUUAUAUUGAAAAAUUGUGCAAAUAUAACAAAUUUGGAAAAACAAGUUUUCAAAAACUACAGCUUAGAAAUCAACAGAGUUAUACUAGAACAUAUUUUUCCAGAUGCAAUAAAAGUAAAAUAUUUAAUCCAUAAUUGUCUAUGCAAAUAUCAGAGAAUUUGUGGUAGAAAUAUAUAAGGUACUGACACUUCAGAUAUAAUAAAUCAGAGUGCUGAGUAUAGAAAAUCUAAAACUAAAGUUGGUAGAAAAAUUAUUUGUAUAGAACUUUUAAGAGGAUCAGAAGGUUUUUUGCAGAGUUAUGACUACAUUCAAAGUAUACUUUUAUUUCUUGAAAAAUAUUACAGAUUUUUUGAAAAGUGAAUAAUGUCAUCAUUCAACUCUGAAAUUAUUUCCUGCUGUGUCUUCAUUCCUGUUGGAUUACAUGUGAAAGCAUGGGAUUAAUUGUUGCUGCAUCAAAGAUAAGAGAGAUUCUUUUGUCUGUUUGUUUGUUUUUUGAGACUGAGUUUCACUCUUUCACCCAGGCUGGAGUGCAUUGGCACGAUCUCGGCUCAGUACAACCUCUGCCUUCUGGUUUCAAGCGACUCUCCUGCC